CUUUUCAUUUACCCGUGUGAUGCUCCAUAAUCGACCGUAGUCCCUAGAAAACACCCAACCGGAGAUUCCUAAAAAUCCGACCCGAAAUAUCUCAGAGCUCCAUGGCGAAAAGAUCGAUACCGGCCCUAAACAGGGUCCUCUCGAAUCUGAGAUCGCAGCCGCCACCGCCGUGUCCAUCGCUCCUCAGCCAGACCCGGUCGGUAACUUACAUGCCUCGACCCGGAGACGGCACUCCACGCGGCGUGACCUUGAUCCCUGGUGACGGGAUUGGACCUCUGGUGACUGGCGCGGUCGAGCGGGUGAUGGAGGCGAUGCACGCACCUGUGUACUUCGAGCGCUACGAGGUGCAUGGGGACAUGAAGAAGGUUCCGGAGGAGGUGAUCGAGUCGAUCAAGAAGAACAAGGUUUGCCUCAAGGGCGGGUUGGCCACGCCCAUGGGAGGCGGCGUGAGCUCGCUCAACAUGCAGCUCAGAAAGGAGCUCGAUCUCUACGCUUCGCUCGUCCAUUGCUUUAAUCUCCCGGGGCUCCCCACGCGCCACGAGAACGUGGAUAUCGUGGUCAUUAGGGAGAACACCGAGGGCGAGUACUCGGGCCUCGAGCACGAGGUCGUUCCUGGCGUCGUCGAAAGCCUUAAGGUGAUAACAAAGUUCUGUUCGGAGCGAAUCGCAAAGUACGCAUUCGAGUAUGCUUACUUAAACAACAGAAAGAAAGUGACUGCCGUUCACAAAGCAAACAUUAUGAAGCUUGCAGAUGGUCUGUUCUUAGAAUCCUGUAGAGAGGUUGCAACUAAAUAUCCCGGGAUCCAGUACAGUGAGAUUAUUGUCGAUAACUGCUGCAUGCAACUUGUUUCAAAGCCGGAGCAAUUUGAUGUCAUGGUAACACCAAAUCUUUACGGUAAUCUAGUUUCAAACACAGCAGCUGGUAUUGCUGGUGGCACAGGAGUCAUGCCGGGAGGAAAAUAUCAUUAUUAGACUGCUUGCAGAUUAGUGUGAAAGUGUUCUGCAUCAAAUAGAUUGGAGUCCCUAUAUGUGUGAAGAUCGAGUGUCAGACAACUGCACCUGAGUCCAGCUCAACGGGUAUAGUAUAUGUUAGAAUACAGUAUGUGUAGGAAGCGAACAAGGAUCCUAGAAAUGUAGACAAAGUUUAAAGGUUAAGUGUAACAAACAUUUCUGAUUAAGAGAAGUAGAUGUUUGGAGUAGGCUGAUUGGGCAUGUAGCAAAAUUAAUGUUGACGGUUUGGAAUAACUGUUUCCUGGGUACUACAUCUGAUCUGAAAAGAAGAGAAUUUGUGCACUUAUCUUGGUUUCGAGUUUCAACAAACGAAAAUUUUAGUUGGGGUUUUUUAGUAGAAAGGAAUUUAUUGUGUUCUUAUGUAGCUUCAUCCAGUGAGCUUCCCCAUUUUAUUUGAAAAUAUACUUCCAAUUAUUUUGAGAGAGAAUAUACUCUACAUAUCAUAGCAAAGAUGAUGAGGAUUGAUUCUUCUUUUUGGGUAUAUUCUUUUGAGGGAGGUGAUUGUCUCUGGUGUUGCGAUAACGUACAAUGAUCUUCCUCCAGAAGCAAUGGACUCCCCCCCAACGCGUUUGAAAUAUAUUUUGCUGCUUAUGUUCCACGACUGGGUAAUG